AUGGGCAAUAUUGGACGUCCAAGUACAGGGUGCGCUUUGUGUCGCAAGCGGAGAGUAAAGUGUGAUGAGGGCAAGCCUGGGUGUCGGAACUGUGCCAGGCUCAAGAAGCCUUGUCCGGGUUACCGCUCUCCAGACUAUGGCUCCAUUCGACCAACAGUCUUCGUCUCUACACCAGAAACCUCGAGACACAGUUCGACCGAAAGUCUGUUGCCAAAUUGUUAUAGUGCAAAGACUGCAUCUAUCGAGUCGGAAGAAAGCGACACCGCUCAAAGCGAUUCUGUCCUAGAAUUAUCCAAAAGACGUUCGCAAAGUCCUAUGUCCAUGGGCAAUCUCCCCCAAGACGUGACGGAACAAGCCGUCUGGUACUCGCUCUCGCAGCUGGACGUUCAUUCUCGGAUUCUCUACGGCAACGAAACCUUCUCCUUCCUCCCUGAUAUCCUCUCAAAAGUCAGUCGCCAUUCAUAUCUAUACGCCGCUAUGCGAGCCGUUGGAAUAGUGAAUCUUGCAAACCGAUCACCAACAGUUGACAUGCGAAAUAUUGUCGAUUUUGAGUAUGCCAAGGCAGUUUCAGGCGUCAAUGCAGCGUUGGCCGAUCACGAUCAGCGCCUCAAAGAUGAGACGCUGGUGGCCGUCUGGCUAUUGGGUAUCAGAGAGCUGCUUGCCAAUAUCACUGGCUCUAACCAGUGCAACUUGGGCGGAGACUCGGCACAGCAAACACAUAUCGACGGCACGUUAAUGCUUCUCCGUAUGCGUGGCGAAGGCCAAUUUACCACUCCAGAAGGUCGCCAUUUAUAUCAGCUCCUUCUCUCUUCCAUGGUAAAGGGACCCUCGUCGUGCCCAUCAUCUUACAAAACUAACCGCGACCAGCAUUGGAAACCAUUGUUUGCAAGUGAAGAACCAUCUCCAGAAUAUCUGAUGCUGGAGGCUCAAAUUCCGAAAGCCGUACCGGUCGUGCCAAAGGCUUCCUCUCGACUGCGCAAUUUCUUUCACGGCGUCUCGAAAUUACGUGCUCGAAUCAAGAACUUUGUCUCUAUUUGCCAAACCCGAUCAUUGGACCGAGACACAUUGGUUGGAUCGUACAUCAAAGCGGCCUUGAAACUUGAAGAGAAAGUAGCUAGCUGGUGUGACAUGCGUGAAUGGAUGCCUCAACCUGUUGUCGAUGAAGAAAUCCGGCCCAAUUUAGAACGUGGCCUUUGGGCCGCUGGUUCUCCUUUUCGGCUUCACUGGUUUCGUUCCUGGAACGGCUUCUUUCACUGGAACCGGUAUUUCGUUUCGAAGAUCUGCCUACAUGCUGCAUUGAUCGAUGCUUUGGCACAGCUUGACCCGUCAAGUCUGGCCGAGACACUAAGCCAUGGCAAUUUGGAUCGCAACAGCAUCGUACAGGUGCAAACUGCUGCCCUCCAAGAGACUGUUCGAGAUUUCCUGGGAACAUUGGGUUAUGCUUUCGGAGAUGUCGAUGCCCAUGGCCACAGCCAAGCGCGGCCUUCUCGGGCGGUGAGUGAAGGAGCAGAUCAAGAAGUUCGUGGAAUCAAUGUUCCAGCAACACUGCAAGUUCAGCCUCCUCUGGCGUUCUUAAUAAGGCUGGAAUAUCUUGGCUCCGGACAGCGGGAAGCUAUGUACUUGGCGUUGCAGCGUCUACGCGCUGAAUUUUGCUUGAGAUGA